AUGGAUAAAGAACUCCUUCUCUUUAUCUAUCUAUCUAUCUAUCUAUCUAUCUAUCUAUCUAUGAAAACAGAUAGCCUUUCUUUCUUUCUUUGUUUUGUUUGUUCGGUGCUUUUAUCUAUUAAACCUCCCCUUUCUUUCUUUCUUUCUUUCUUUCUUUCUUUCUUUCUUUCUUUCUUUCUUUCUUUUGAAACUCUUCUUUCUUAUUUUCUUUCUUUUCAACCGUUUCUUUCAAUUCCUGUAUUCAUUCAUUCAUUCUUUCUUUCUUUCUUUCUUUCUUUCUUUCUUUCUUUCUUUCUUUCUUUUCUUUCUUUGUCAUCCUCAUUCCAACGUUUCUUUUUUAUUUCUGUUAAAACUUUAUUCCACAAUACCUUUCUUUCUUUCUCUCUUUCUUUUCAAACUCUUCUUUCUUUCUUUCUUUUCAAACUCUUCUUUCUUUCUUUCUUUCUUUCUUUUCAAACUCUUCUUUCUUUCUUGUCAAACUAUUCUUUCUUUCUUUCUUUCUUUUGA